CAUUUUUAAGGCUGACAUGCAUGUCUUUGGAGUUGCUCUAAUAGGCCGGAUCCAUUUUUAAGUCACCCCUGUAAUAACCGGGUCAAACCUGUAACAUUUUGUAAAAGGGUCGGGCUUUUAACGGGCGAGCUUAACGGGCAAUUGAUGAGUCGGGUCGGAUUCUGAAAUGGUUACUUCUUUUAUAAUCUGAAAUUUUCUGAACUCUCUCAAAACGAAUUCAUCUCUUUAUUAAAACGUACUCUAAACUUUCCAUUGAAGCAGCUUGUGAGCUUUCUCUCCUCCAUUUAAGCAAGCAACUGAGAGUUUUGUUGUUAAUAGCUCCUUUUACAUCUUUUUCUAGGUAACCAUUUCUUAUUCAAAUCAAAUGAUUUCUUUUAGCAAUUCAUGAUUUACCUUAAUUGUUCAAUGCAUUAUAUUCCUCCAGGAUGAGAUGGAUACAGAACAUAUCGGGGACAUAGCUCUUGUAUUAAUUGAAUAGAACCUAUUCAGCAUGUUUUACUGUUUCCUUACUAUUGCAGCAGGUCUGUUUUGCAUCAUUCUGAGUUGAAUUGCUCAGAAAAAUCAUACGGAGUAUGUUUUAUGUGUAGCCAUUUGGUAAAGAUAUUUUGUGUCAAUUUUCAGACAAUGGGGAGAUCGACCGGAGAUGAUAUGAUUCUUAGCUACAAUGAUGUGGUGCUUCGACGCUCUGACUUAGACAUCCUUAGUGGGCCUCAUUUUCUCAAUGACCGUAUAAUUGAGUUCUACUUCAGUUAUCUGUCAUCAUGCUAUCCCUCUGAUAACAUCUUACUAGUUCCACCCUCAAUUUCUUUCUGGCUGCAGAACUGUUCAGAUGAAGAUAGCUAUAAUGCUUUCGUUGAACCUCUAAAUCUACCUGCUAAAGACCUGGUUAUAUUUCCGGUCAACAACAACGAUGAUGUAACCAAAGCUGAGGCAGGAAGUCAUUGGAGUUUGCUUGUAUAUUAUAGGACUGCUAAUGUGUUCGUUCAUCAUGACAGCUGUAGGGGAUUGAACCAUGCAUGUUCCAAAAAGCUUUACACUUCUGUAGCUAAAUUCAUGGUCAACCUAGACUCUGAUGUCAAGUAUCAGGAGGGUCAGUCCUCACCACAACAGCAAAAUGGUUAUGAUUGUGGAUUGUUUGUAGCUGCCAUUGCAAGAACCAUAUGCAGUUGGUACACAAGCAGUGAACGUGUAAACCGGGAACGUAUUUGGAUUUCUGAUGUGAAGGAGCAGGUGACACCAACCACUGUUUCAAAGAUGAGGAACGAGAUUCUGAGUUUAAUUAAAGAACUCAUGUCUGUGUCAUGAGCUAUAGAAAAGUUUGAUCGAUGUCCAUUUUAUUUCUAUUGUAAUUCCUUAACAUCUUAGCUGUAGCUACUCUGUAGUAUAUACUAAUACGGAGUACUCUUUACUGUCAUGCUUUCCUUGAUGCAGUUUAAAAACUUGUAUUUGUGUUCUGCAUUAUGCAAAGCUGUAGUAUAUGCCCUUUUGGCUCACUACUCUCAUUGACAUCCUUAUCUCGGA